GAGAUUUUCUACGGAAGUCCUGAAGGGCCGAAGCCAUAUUUUGAAUUUGAGUCCGUUUUUCUGUCAUAAUGAGAAAUCUCUGUUUGUUUUCUAAACAUCACAACAUUGUUUUUUCAUGCUAAGUUUAUGUCUAUGAUAUCUGCAGAAAAAAGACGAAAAUUAACUCUUUAUAAAAAAACGGCGUCAUCCUGAGAGCACAACAUAAAAGUCAAGAUCUCACGAGAACAUCUGAAUUUACUCGAGAUCAAAGGAAAACCUUGUGUAUAACUCGUAAAAUGAUAUAAACGAGGAAAUCUCCAGAAAACAAUCAGAUCUAACUCGUUAUCUCAGGAAAAAGAGAUUUAAUAUCUCGAUAUGUAAACGAGUCAAGAUGUCAGGAAAACAACCGAAUGAUCUCGUUAACGUGAGAAACCAGCGUUAGCUCGUAACACGCUACGACCAGAUGAAGAUGCUAUCUCAGGAAAAGCAACGUUUUUUGUUGUUUCUUUUCCUGAUAAAUCCGUUGAGAUCAACUCAGUUAUCUUACGUUUGUCCUCUCAGGGCUUCUGUAGUUUUCCGUAUUAAGAGAAUUACAAAAACAUAUAUGAUAUAAAAAACAUUUAUAUUUUCUUCAUCUCGUUCAGUUCAGUGUUUGUGAUUUUAAAUAGAGAAGCCUCUGAGAGACUCCGCCUCCAGGCUCCUCACCUGAGAAAUGACAUCAGACAAGUUGGACAGGUUGAUCAGAAACCUCCGUCUGACCUCAUCCUCCAAUCAGAGAGCGGCUCAUCAGUCUCUGAGUCCGACUCACACAGUUGUUUGUGUGUCCUGUGUUGUGCUGCAGAAUGAACUUGUCCGUGCGCACGCAGCCUCGUCCUCUGGGGGCUUUCUCUGAUGACGUGGCAGAGUGGAGCUCUGGGAUCUGUGACUGCUGCAACGACACCAGAGAAUGCUGUUUUGCGUUCUGGUGUUGUCCCUGCUUUGCCUGUAUCACCUCUAAAGCACUCGGUCAGUGUCUCUGUCUCCCCCUGCUUGACAUCUGCGGCGCCUGCACCUGCCCCAUCACCAUGUCCAUGAGGGUCUCUGUACGCCACCGCUAUGGCAUCAGAGGCAGCCUGUGCACAGACUGUGUGUGCUCCGUCUUCUGUCAAUCCUGCGUCUGGUGUCAGAUCUCCAGAGAGAUGAAGAGCAGGGAACUUCCCGCGGUGCUGGGUGACAUCAUCAGCCGCUGAUGACAUCAUGGCUUUAACAUCGUUGCCUCCUGUCCAUCCUCGUACAUAUCGACGAGCUCUUUAAUGUUUAGAUAACUCAUGUUUGACUUCAUGUGUGAAUGACUGUGAUUGUUUAAAUGUUUCCUGACUUCAUGUUUGUGUUUAUUUAUUUUAAAGUAUUUUUAUUUCUUUGA